AUGACUCAAAGCAAAGAAGAACAAUGUCCAAUAUGCUCUAAAUCAUUUCCUGUGUCCCAACUUUACAAGCACGUAAAUUCAUGUUUAGACAACCAGGAAAGUAAAAAAUCACCCAGUGAAGAGGCAUCAGAAGACACAAGCGGGAAAGCAGAGACCCCAGCACUGAAGAAACGAAACACGCUUAGUGCUUUGGGAUUGAAAGCAGACACCUCCUCGCUGUCACAGAAAAAGGCCAAGAAAACUGAGACUAAAAAACCAAGUUUGACGAGUAAACUUCUCGAGCAGAAACGAUUACAAGCUGAAAUCAGAAAGAGAGACAAGGAAAUUCCAUUGGAAGAGCAAUUCAAAGCCAUAGCAGAGGAUGCCAUGACUCAGAGUAGAACUCAAGAGAAGCCACUUGCGAAUGACAUCGAGGAGACAAAACUGCAGAAGGAAUCAAAAUUCCUACAGAAAGCAAAAGAGAUUAAGGAACUAAAACGGCAAGCAUCUAUCCCAUUAGCCCAUAGGCUUCGGCCAAAAUCUCUAGACGAUUUUUUUGGUCAAGAGAAAUUAGUCGGGGAAAAUGGUGCGUUAAGGAACAUCAUCCAAGCUGAUAUAAUCCCAUCGUUUUUGCUUUGGGGUGUUCCUGGAAUAGGGAAAACCUCACUAGCUAGAAUAAUUGCUAAAACAACAAGCUGUAAAUUUGUUGAAUUAUCAGGAAUUGAUAGUAAUGCAAAAAGGUUGAAGGAGGUUUUCGUUCAAGCAGAAAAUCAUAAAAACUUGAGUGGACAAAGAACGAUUUUGUUCCUUGACGAAAUACACCGAUUCAACAAGGCAGUACAGGAUUUAUUAUUACCGGUUAUAGAAAAGGGGACAUUAACAGUAAUUGGAGCGACGACAGAAAAUCCGUCAUUUAAUUUGAACAAUGCAUUGUUGUCAAGAAUGCACACGUUUGUCAUGGAACCAUUGACUGUUGACUCGUUAAUCAAGAUUCUAACAAGAGCUCUUUUUGAAGUCAAUAGAGUAAGGAAAAAUUUGUACGGACUACAUUAUAUUUCACUACAAAAGGAUGCUUAUCAUUACAUUGCUGAGUUGUGUAUGGGGGACUCGCGUGUUGCAUUGAACAUACUUGAAACUAUAAAUGCCUAUUUAUCAGCUGACAAAUUCAAGAGUACUGUUAAUGCCGAUGAUGAGCAGACGAAGAAACAGGGUGUUAUAAAGGUGUCUGCUGAUCUCUUGAAACCGUUGAUGAAGUCAAGAGAUUUCCAUCAGUUUUACGACCGAAAUGGUGAUUCGCAUUACGACAUAAUAAGUGCAUUCCAUAAAUCAGUUCGCGGAUCAGAUCCUAAUGCAGCGAUGUUCUAUUUAGUAAAGAUGUUAUCAGGGGGAGAAGAUCCAUUGUUCAUAAUGAGAAGAAUGAUAGUGAUUGCAAGCGAGGACAUAGGACUUCGCGAUAGUUCCUGUUUGCCAUUUGCUAUUGCUGCAAAAGAAGCUUUGGAAUUCGUAGGUAUGCCUGAAGGAGAGAUCAUUUUAGCCCAUUGCGCCAACAAGCUAGCGUUGGCCCCAAAAUCUACAAAGUCUUAUCGUGCUUUAAGAACCGCUCAGAAUAUAAUUAAAGAAAACCCAGAUCUAACAAAACUACCUGUUCCUUUACACUUGCGAAAUGCUCCGACCAAAUUAAUGAAAGAUCUAGGCUUUGGCGACAAGUACAAGUACAAUCCAAAUUAUGAAAACGGUAAAGUUCGUCAAGGAUAUUUCCCUGAUGGCAUGGACCCGAUAAAGUUAUUGGAGGACACCCAUUUAGGUAAAGAAAGAGAUCUUUCAGUGCCAGAUGAUGAAUACGAGAGAGCUCAAUUGGCAGUGGAGGAUUAUAGAAAAUUUAAAAAGUCUUACAGGAAAGAAUUCUUUAUUGAUAAUGCCACUGAUCUGGAUGAAAAUGACAGUACCCAUUAUGGAGAGUACUCGGAUAAUUUUGGAAAGUCGUUUGAUGAAAAUCUACCACCCGACCUUCAAAAGGAGUAUUUUGGCGACGAUGAAUCAAAUAUACAAGAUCUAUGA